AUGAUUGGUUCUGAACCAUCUGGACGUGCAAUGAUUGGUUCUGAACCAUCUGAACGUGCAAUGAUUGGUUCUGAACCAUCUGAACGUGCAAUGAUUGGUUCUGAACCAUCUGAACGUGCAAUGAUUGGUUCUGAACCAUCUGAACGUGCAAUGAUUGGUUCUGAACCAUCUGGACGUGCAAUGAUUGGUUCUGAACCAUCUGAACGUGCAAUGAUUGGUUCUGAACCAUCUGGACGUGCAAUGAUUGGUUCUGAACCAUCAGGACGUGCAAUGAUUGGUUCUGAACCAUCUGGACGUGCAAUGAUUGGUUCUGAACCAUCUGAACGUGCAAUGAUUGGUUCUGAACCAUCUGAACGUGCAAUGAUUGGUUCUGAACCAUCUGGACGUGCAAUGAUUGGUUCUUAA